AUGGCGGCCACGGCACCUGUAGAUAUGACGCUCCUACCGGACGAGAAAUACGAGAUUGCAGUCUCGUACGGUACCAUCAUUGGCACGGGCGUCUUUGCCAUUGUGGUCUGCAGCACGAAGCUCUACAUUCGCAAGUUUAUGCUCAACUCGUUCGGCAUCGACGACUGGGCCUGUUUGAUUGGAUUGAUCUUUGUCACGACGUUCAACGGUAUUGGAUUGGCAGUGGUGUACUAUGGCGCUGGAAAGCAUAUUCAGCAUGUUACGCCCGAGGAACUCAAGCACUGGUUCAUGCUAUACUACGUCUGUAUAUGCAUGUACCUCUCCAUCUCCUUUGCAGUAAAAUCGAGUAUUCUCCUCUUCCUCCGACGAGUCUUCCCAGUCCCAUACGUCCAAUGGACCACCAUGAUCCUCCUCGUCUUCUUUACCCUCUUCACCAUCUCCGGAACAUUCGUCGCGGCCUUCCAGUGCAACCCGCCCAAGUACACAUACGACAUCAACUUCCUCAUGUCGCCCGACCGCGCCAAAUACUGCUUCCCGGCAAUGACCUCGUACGGCAUCUUCAUGUACCAGGCCGUUCUCAUCUUUGCCUGCGACAUCAUCAUGUUCGUGCUGCCGUUCCCGGCUCUGAUGAGCGUGCAGCUCAACAGCAGGAAGAGUCUUGCCCUGUUGGCUGUCUUUGGAAGUGGUGUUGUCGCUUGUAUCGCCCCCGCGAUUCGAUUCAAGAGCUUGAACUUUUACAAGACAGGAAGCACAGACACUACAUUCGAGGGCGCAUCGUCUCUGUACUGGAUGGCCAUCGAGUACAACAUGGGUCUCGUCGCAGGCUCACUCCCAGCCCUCCGCCCCCUGAUUUCUCGCCUCGGCUUCCUCGGCAGCAGCAACGACCCAUCCACGAAUGACCCCAACAAGUUCUCGCCGUCCUACCAGCUUGACGAUCAAAACAGCAAGCACUGGGCAAGCGGCCGACGCACCCAAGGCAGCAAGAACAGGUUCCAGGGAGACAGCGUGCUGGACGCCACCGUCAUCGACCGAGAAGACCGAGACACUCCCUCGCGGGAUAGCGAAGACGCCCGCAUCGUCAAAACGGAAGUCUUCACGGUGACCACUGAGGCUCGGAAUCCCGAGUCGCGAGGUAACGCGCAGGCCUGGAGCCAGUUCGACUAA